CUCGUCUCCCCCUCACCGCCUUUCUAACUGAUGAGUGUGUCUAACUGGGCAGAAUUUUCGAAGCAGCCUAUAAAACCAAAACCAUAAUCUCCGACGCAAGGAAUUCAUGUUCUGAUCCCAAAAUUUCCCAGCUUUCGCCUAGCCGAUAAUGGAAGACCACUUGAUCAAACUCCACCGACGUCUCUUCGAAUCCAGCAGCUCGUCCUCCGAUUUCCUGCACUCCCUCCGCUCGGACACUUCCAUCGCCAUCGCCCUCCAGCACUUCUACUUGAUUCUCAAGCGGGGUGUCUCCGUCGUCGUCGAAGAAGAAGAGCAUGACGAUGACGAUAGUGUCAAGGAUAAGAAGUUAGGGUUCCAAUUAUGGACGAAUUCACAGAUCCAGUCCGUCGUAUCGUUCGGCCUCGCGAUCGUCUCUGCUUCUAGAUCUUUUUCAGUUAACCAGGCAAAGCCAAUAGUGAUCGUUGCUGUGCAACAAUUGUUGGAGUUCGCCGUUUCUUACUUGGAGAAAUCAGAAUUCUGCAAUGACGAAUCAAACAAUUUGUUUGCCACCAUUUCUACUAUCACAGUAGGUUUUGGUGCUUUGGACGGCUUAGCAUUAGAAGAUAAUACUUUGCAGUCAGUUGAAGAUGCAGGGUAA